UAUAACGCACAGUGGACACGUGUAAGCUGCAGUAUAGGUGCGAACAGCGGAACUAAAGCAUGAAAGCCUUAAUCCUACUGACUAUCAGCGUCUCGCUCGCUGCGGUCGUGGCCACACCUGCACAACUCAGGGUAAGUACCGUGUGUCUCCUACUCCUUUCUCUGCAAUCUUUAUUCACCAUUUUACAUCUUUACAUUUCACACUUUUUCUUUUUCCCAACAGAUGGCAGGCAAGGUGACCUCUCUCUCCCUGCCGGACUGGGUAACGUGACCAUGCUCUGUUUCCCUUUGCCCGAGCAGCUCCCUGAAGCCAUGCGGAAGCUCUACUGGGGAAAGGGAACGGAUGAUAGUGAAGAGAGGAAGCUGAGGGAUGAUUCUGAUGAAGAUUCCGAUUCUGAUGAAGAUUCCGAUUCUGAUGAAGAUUCCGAUGAAGAUUCGGAUUCUGAUGAAGAUUCCGAUUCUGAUGAAGAUUCCGAUUCUGAUGAAGAUUCCGAUUCUGAUGAAGAUUCCGAUUCUGAUGAAGAUUCCGAUGAAGACAGCGAGAGUAGCUUUCCCAACAUCCUCAUCCCUCCAUCGUGCGAAGAAUUCCUCGAGAAACCUUGCAAUGCGUCUGUUGUCUGCAUUGAAAUCCCGCCGGAACUUUUCAACGAACUGGUUGCGUUGGGGAUGAAGGGCCCAGAACGGCUGGACGCAGGCCGAAUGGGGACAGCUCAAGAGGAUGAACAGGAGGGUACGUAUGUGGAUUUCUAUGACGAGACAGACGGUAUCGAGACCUAUACUGACUACACUGAUCGCACGGAGACGCCAACCCCGACUAUAUAUUAUUGCGAUUACUACUCUGACUACUAUAACUGGAACAACGAGGGAACCUCGGAGAGCUGGCCGUGGAAGCUGGUGGAGCGUUCAGAGGAAGAUAUGAAAGAACGUUUUGGAUGGUGGCAUAAUCGUCCUCAAACCACAAGCGUCAACGCACUCUCCAACACCACCGUGACGAGCACCUUCCAGACCUUCUUCACCUCCUUCUGCAACACGAUCACGAGGUCCGGUGUUGCAGCUCUCGGUCACGAAAUUCCUGCGGUAGAGGGAAAGAUCGAGGCC